GUUCGUGUUCUGAAGGCAGGAUCUACCAUGGCGUCUCUGUACUUUCUGGUCUUGGGCCUGGCGGCUGUGGCAAACGCUGGUCAAGAAUGCGGCAAGGCACCACCAGAUGAAGCUACCAUGAAGAAAGCUGGCAUGAUUGCUGCCGAACUUAUGAAGCAAUGCGUCCACCUACUGGACAAGUACCCAGUACCACUCAGCACGAUCGCUGAUGCCAUGAAAGUGCUCUGCACCGACUACGCCGAAUGUCAUGACAAGCACGAAUCCUUGGCUUCGGAGCCAGAUAAGUACAGGUCUGCUCUGGUCCAGUGUGUGAGACCCUACCUCAUCAACUUUUACAAAUCACGCAAAGAGUUCAAGCAUGACCCUGAAGUCGUGGCUCACGAAGUUGGCGACUGCGUCAUCAACCACAUCCCUCUGUCAAAAGAAAUGGGCGUCGCCACCGGCUACUGGCUGCUUAAGAUUAUGGGUGCCCACGAAAGUUAAAGACCCACCCACUGAUCCGGGAACGGGGCGCCCUGAUCUAAGUGUAGCCAUCAACAUUUCAGGAUUAAAAUGUCGCAACAAUGGCAAAACAACCA